GCAAGCUUUUUUUUGUCAGCUGGUCGCUGCGACUCCCAGCUACGUCAACUAUCUAACAAGACAACAACAAGUUAACUUGGGCCACUAAAUACCAGCAGCGAGCUCUGAAAAUGAGUGACCCGAGGACUCGGACUGGACGGCACCAAGUUGACAAACUUUAACCGACAGUCCGGCUGAACCGCGUCUUCCUGCACCGCCUCAUGAAAGACAGAGUUUUAUUGUCCUAGCUUGUUGGCUAACGUUAGCUAUUUGUCUGGUGAAUUCACCGACAUGGCUACAAGAGAGAUUUCUUUACGGCAGAGGUACCGUGGCACCCCGGCGAGCAUAAAGCAGGAGCAGGACGACGACUCGGACGCGGAGGAGACCCAGCUGGGGCUGAAGAGGUCUGACGGGCUUGAGUCACAGAUCAUCCACAGCGGACACUUCAUGGUGUCCUCGCCCCACAGCGAGCACCCCCCGAAGAAGGGCUACGACUUCGACACUGUCAACAAACAGACCUGUCAGACCUAUCAUUUUGGCAAGGCGAGCACGUCGCACUUCUCCAUAGACGCUUCACUCACCAAACUCUUUGAGUGCAUGACCCUGGCGUACAGUGGUAAGUUGGUAUCUCCCAAAUGGAAAAACUUCAAGGGUCUAAAGCUGCUUUGGAGAGACAAGAUUCGCCUCAACAACGCCAUAUGGAGAGCCUGGUAUAUGCAGUAUGUGGAGAAAAGGGAGAACCCUGUUUGUCACUUUGCAACACCCCUGGAUGGAAGCAUGGACUCGGACGUCCAUCGUCCUACAGAGGGCAUUGCCACAGAGGGGAAAUGCUGGAAAAGAAGAAUUGAAAUCGUUAUAAGAGAAUACCACAAGUGGAGAACAUACUUUAAAAAAAGGUUGCAGAAGCACAAGGAUGACGACCUCUCAAGCUUGCUCAAGGGGCCAGAGGAGCAGUUGUUGCUGUUCGGGGAAGUCUCUCCAGACAUGCUCCGUGUCUCCUUUCUUCAGGAUGAAGAGAGUACUGCACGCCGCUUGCCUCGUAAGAAUUACGAAGCACCUGCCCCCAUGGAGAUGGACCCCCUCUUUGACAUGGAUGUUCUGAUGUCAGAGUUUUCAGACACGUUGUUUUCUACGUUGGCCUCGCACCAGCCAAUAGCCUGGCCCAAUCCAAGGGAGAUCGCUCAUGCAGGGAACGCAGACAUGAUCCAACCAGGACUCAUCCCUUUACAACCCAACCUAGACUUCAUGGACUCCUUUGAUCCACUGCAAGGUAACUUAUUUCACAGCCUCCGUCAGCCCGCCUUCCCCUCUGUUUCACCCACUGCAACAUCUGUCACCCCUCUACCCAGCAGCAGCUCUCAGUCACAGGCCCAGUUAAUGCCCUCCCUGCUUACAACCAACCACAUCUCCCCUCCUGGCCCCCUGCCCAUCCCCUCUCCCAUGGCCAGUCAAACCAGUCGAACAGCAAGUGGUGCUGCCUAUGUACCAAACUACAUGCCUCUGUUUCCUGGGCAGGUGGCGCCCAGUGAUCAAGCCGUAGUGCCCUCAGUCCCUCAGCCAUUAUCCCAUGAUCCUCUGGCGCAGUGCCUUUCAGGUCAGGACAUGGCCUCAGUAGCACCCAUGGUUCCCUCACCUUUGGAUCACACCUCAGCACUGGACGAGACUGUAGCACCAUCUGUGAUUACACACACGGCCUCCUCUACUGUCACGCCGAGCGCCGCCGCCACCACCUUCAGCCACGCCUCAGAGUAUUGCUCCAUAUCAACACAACCUCCACCUCCUCCUUCCCAGCUGCAGCCCUUGGCUCCAUUACCUGCCACUCCCGUCCAGCACCCUCAGACUUUCGCCCUGCCUCGCCCCUUUCAGUCACCCAGUGCCAACAAAACCCACCCUGUGCAAAGGAUUGCUAGCACCAUCCCCUCGUCCCACCUAAUCCUCACAGCUCCUUUCCCAGGUAAUGCUGGUGCAUUGAUUGUUACGCCAACGCCUCUGAAAGCAGAGCAUGUGGUCCAUAACACUGGAGUGGUCAUCGCUCCUCCUCAGCUUAGAGGGACAAAGAAGUCUCCAAAACCGAUCGUCCCCAAAGAAAAGUCUUAUUCUUCCAGCCUCAAAAAUCAGAAAGCCUCCUCGAGUGUCGUUCCCAGUCAGCCAGGAUCAGGUCAAGGAUCACCACGUGGGUUAGAUCAAGUCCCUAGUCCGCAGUCACUGAUCAGCAGCAGCAGCAGUACACCUCUGGUAAAGAAUGAACAAAAUCAGAGCCGGAGGAUAACAUACAUAUCUGCUGAGCAAAAGAGACGAUCAAACAUAAACAUUGGCUUUAAAACACUCUGCAACCUGGUUCCCACUCUGAAGUCACAGUCAAAUAUCAGUAAUGCAGUCACGCUGCAGAAGACAGUGGAUCACAUCGGGAAGCUCCAACAGGAGAGGCAGCAGAUGCAGGAGGAGAUCAAGAGAUUACGAGAGGAGAUAGAGGAGCUCAACACCUCCAUUAACUCGUGUCAGGAACAGCUGCCUGCGACAGGGGUGCCCGUCAGGCGGCAGCGCUUCAACCACAUGCAAGAGAAGUUCAAUGAAUAUGUGAAGAACCGCACCCUUCAGAACUGGAAGUUCUGGAUUUUCAGCAUCAUUAUCAAGCCUCUCUUUGAGUCAUUCAACGGGAUGGUGUCCACUACAAGCAGAACGGAGCUGUGCCAGACCACAUUGCAAUGGCUCGAUCGUCACUGCUCCCUUCCAGCACUCAGACCCAUGGUGCUGAGCACCCUUCGCCAGCUGAGCACAACCACGUCCAUUCUUAGCGAUCCAUCCCUGUUGCCUGAAGAAGCCAUCCAGGCCGUCACACACGCAGAAGUGUAGCCUCGUGCUCAGAGGAGGUGAGGCGACCCCAACACCACGUGAACCUUUUAACAGCAAUCAUCGAAAUGACAUAUCACUAGUUUACCUUUGAUUGCCAUUCAGCGAGGUCACCACGUCUUCCACGGAUCCACGGCUUCCCUUUAAGUUAAAUGAAAUGAUAAACGCAAGCUGGCUCACCUUUACCCCGCAUGUACAACGGUCAUACAUUUGUCCUGCUGUACAUUCUUGGGAAUGACGCACACGUGUUUGACUUUACAUUUAUAACAAUUGUGCAAAAAAUGGCUUUUAUCAUAUUAUAUUUGAAUGACAGCAACUACUACUAUCAUCACCUGCUUCAGGUGACGAGCCUUAGAUAGUUAAUUGGAAGGUGGUACUGAUUGUUUGCUUUUUGAACAACAACAUAUAUUUAAAUGACUUUUACAAUGUAAAAACACAACAUUGUGUCAAAAAGGGAAAUACCGAGUGAUUGUUCAUUUUGUGUUCUCUCUCAGUUGUACAAAUCAUUUGGAUAGGAGGCUUUUCUUAUGAGCAGAUGAGAUGAAUGUGGGAUUUUUUUAGGGACUAGCUGGCAGUGUAGGUUUUGUUUUUGGAGGCUCUGAAACUUCACAGAAAGGCUUCUCAUCAGAGCAUAGAGGACGGCCUGAAAUAUAGCGAAGGUGAUCACUCAUGGGCAUGUCUGUGCUUAAAGGAAUACUUCACUCACAAAAUGACCAUUUCUGUGUCAGUUAAAGCCUCUGCACACUGAGUCCGUUUUCCUCUGACCUGUUGAACGUGAGCUAUCCGAGUCCUGAAAUGAUUCUGUGUGCGCCCUGUUUUGCUGUCUUGUCGUGGCUGUGUCCCAUUUGUCUUCACUGAUUCUUGGUAAAAUUUUAACGAUGAACGAAAGUUUCGGACUCAGUGUGCAAACGUGAUUGACUCAACGUGAAGUCGUAUUUAUUUUUAGACGU